AGCGCCACGCGGAAGAGAGCGGCCCCGAGCAGUUCGCAUCCACCCGCCGCGCAGACAGGUCUCCCGCGCCGCCCCGCGACCCGCCCUCUGCAGCCUCCGGCAGCUCUGAAGUUUACGUAUCCUGUAAAUCUGAAGCCCGACGUUUUCGUCGCCUCCAGAAUGCUGUCCAGAUGCGCUUUCGCUGCUCUGUGCAUCGCUGUGAUCGCAACUCAAGGUUUUGCGUUUCCACAGGACGAUAAGAAAAACGAACUGGACAAUGUGAUUUCGGAGACGGACGACGCCGAGCCAGCGGCGGUGGUGGUGAGCAAGGCGAGCGAGGUGAGCGAGGAGGGCGACGCGAGCGAGGUGACGUCGCCGCCCGCGCCCACCACCCUCACCGUGGGCGUCACCUCCGAGGCGGCACCCUCCAGCACCGCGGCGUCGCCCGCCAAGGACCACGCCCCCUCCGCCUCCACGCCCCGGCCCAGCGCCGCCCACAACUUCUCCCGCCUCAUCGACGACAUCUUCCAGGUCAAAGCUGAAACUUGGUCCUCGGGAGGAGUGACACGGCGGGGGACGGACGGGGAGAGUGGGGGAGGUGGGCGGAGCGGGAUGGAGCGCCAACAAGUUGGAGCGCAGGCGAAGAUAGCAAAUGCGAAGUGGGCUGAAGCGUGA